GAAGGGGAGGAGUGUGAGUCAAGCCACACCCCUUUCCACUCCGAUAUCCUGGAGUCGUUCCCGGCUGGGCAGCUGGAAGUUGGAAGAGUAGGAGCUAGAGAGCCGCACGCCCAAACUUUCCGGAUGGUUUCGGUGACCAGAUCCGUGUUUGGGGAGCUGCCCUCGGGCGCGGGCACGGUGGAGAAAUUCCAACUUCAGUCAGACCUGCUGAGGGUGGACAUCAUCUCUUGGGGCUGCACCAUCACGGCCCUGGAAGUGAAAGACAGGCAGGGGAGAGCCUCAGACGUGGUGCUUGGCUUUGCCGAGUUGGAAGGAUACCUCCAGAAGCAACCCUACUUUGGAGCAGUGAUUGGGAGGGUGGCCAACCGAAUUGCCAAAGGAACAUUCAUGCUGGAUGGAAAGGAAUUUCAGCUGCCCAUCAACAGGGGGCCCAACAGCCUGCACGGAGGACUCUGGGGCUUUGAUAAGGUGCUCUGGUCCCCUCAGGUGUUGCCCAAUGGCGUGCAGUUCUCCCGCGUCAGUCCAGACGGUGAGGAGGGCUACCCCGGAGAGUUAAAAGUCUGGGUGACGUACACUUUGGAUGGAGGAGAGCUCAUGGUCAACUAUAGAGCCCAGACCAGUCGGACCACACCAGUCAGUCUCACCAACCAUUCUUAUUUCAACCUGGCUGGCCAGGGUUCUCCAAAUAUAUAUGACCAUGAAGUUACCAUAGAAGCUGAUGCUUUUUUGCCAGUGAAUGAAGCCCUUAUUCCUACAGGAGAAGUUGCCCCGGUGCAAGGAACUGCCUUCGACCUAAGGCAGCCGGUGGAACUUGGGAAGCACUUGCAGCAGUUCAGCAUAGAUGGCUUUGACCACAAUUUCUGUCUGAAGCAAUCCAAAGAGAAACAUUUCUGCGCAAGGGUGCGUCACGCUGCAAGCGGGCGGGUACUAGAAGUGUACACCACCCAGCCUGGGGUCCAGUUCUACACGGCCAACUUCCUGGACGGCACGCUGAAGGGCAAGGGCGGAGCAGUCUAUCCCAAGCACUGUGGUUUCUGCCUGGAGACCCAGAACUGGCCUAACGCAGUCAACCAGUCCAACUUCCCUCCUGUGCUGCUGAGGCCUGAGGAGGAAUACAACCACACCACCUGGUUCAAGUUUUCUGUUGCUUAAGGAAGUGUGCACACUUGAUCCUGCAGAGAGCAGACCAGGAGCCCCCUCCGCAGCCUGUCUCCAGUCCAGAGAUGUGGGUGAAGACUGAGAGGCCUUCCAAGCGAUCCGGCAAAUUAGAAUUGUAUGAAUGGUAGCCGACUAGAUAAUCAGUGUGAAAUGUGGAUUUCCUUUCCCAAGCCUGGCUCCAGGCCACGUCUAACAAUCAGCUCUCUUCUCCGGGCAAGUAAAAUCCA